AGUGAAGGGACCCGGUGGUGGUGGAGUCUGCGAAGGCGGCGAUCUUCGCUCUGGCCCAGGCAGGGCUCCGACCGCGUCCCUGCGCUCGCUGCCAGGCCUUCUGCACAGGAAGAGAAAGCGGCGGUGGCCUCCGCGUCCCAGGUCACUGCGGCCGUGAGGGUCCGGGCCAGGGGGCCGGUUCGUGCCCCGACGGGGCGCGCCGUGCGGGCAAGGAAGUGCGGAGCGGCAGCGGAGCGCAGGUUGCUUUCCUGUUGCAUCUUUGAUAUAGUUCCCUAGACUCUGCUCCAUGAUUUAACUCAAUUCUGAAAUGAAGAUGGAGGAGGCAGUGGGAAAAGUUGAAGAACUCCUUGAGUCUGAAGUCCCACCCAAGUCAUCUGAACAAGAGACAGCCAAGGAGGAAGAUGGAUCUGUAGAAUUGGAACCUCAAGUUCCGAAAGAUGGUGUUGCAGAUUCUACAGUUCUCUCCUCAAUGCCUUGCUUAUUGAUGGAACUGAGAAGGGACUCUUCUGAGUCUCAGUUAGCGUCCACGGAGAGUGACAAGCCGACAGCGGGCCGAGUGUAUGAGAGUGACUCCUCUAACCACUGCAUGCUCUCCCCUUCCUCUAGUGGUCACCUGGCUGACUCGGAUACACUGUCUUCUGCUGAAGAGAAUGAGACCUCCCAAGCACAAACAGCAAGAGAAGGAGACCCUUCUGGUCUGUCGGGUACCACAGUUGGGCGCAAGUCUAGGCGCUCCCGGUCUGAAAGUGAAACAUCCACUAUGGCGGCCAAGAAAAACCGGCAAUCCAGUGACAAACAGAAUGGCCGAGUUGCCAAGGUUAAAGGUCAUCGGAGCCAAAAGCAAAAGGAAAGAAUCCGGCUGCUGCGGCAGAAACGAGAGGCUGCUGCGAGGAAGAAGUACAACCUGCUGCAGGACAGUAGUACCAGUGACAGUGACCUGACUUGUGACUCAAGCACGAGCUCGUCCGAUGACGACGAGGAGGUUUCAGGGAGCAGCAAGACAAUCACUGCCGAGAUACCAGAUGGACCUCCAGUUGUAGCUCAUUAUGAUAUAUCUGACACCAGCUCUGACCCAGAAGUGGUAAAUGUGGACACUUUAUUGGCGGCUGCAGUAGUUCAAGAGCACAGUAAUUCUGUGGGCGGCCAGGACCCAGGAGCUACCUGGAGGACCAGCGGGCUUCUAGAGGAGCUGAAUGCAGAGGCAGGUCAUUUGGAUCCAGGCUUCCUAGCAAAUGACAAAAUGUCUGCUGGCAGUGCCCCACUCAAUGAAGAAAUAAAUAUUGCCUCUUCGGAUAGUGAAGUGGAGAUUGUGGGGGUUCAGGAACAUGCAAGGUGUGUGCAUCCUCGAGGAGGCGUGAUUCAGAGCGUGUCUUCAUGGAAGCAUGGCCCCGGCACACAGUAUGUUAGCACCCGGCAAACACAGUCAUGGACUGCCGUGGCUCCCCAGCAGACGUGGUCUUCCCCUGCAGAAGUUGUUGACCUGACCUUGGAUGAGGACAGCAGGCGUAAAUACCUACUGUAAUAGGAUGUCACUGUGUUUCUUCUGCACUGUUCCCUUCCUCCUCCACCUCUUGUGGCACAGAGCUUAUUGUCAUAGCUUCAGCCUCAGAAGCUGUUUGUGGCAUUUGUAGAAUUGAAACUCAUGGAAAAUUAUGACACACACACCCCCCCUUUUUUUUUUUUGGUAAUUAAAAGAAGUCGCUUAGGAAAAUAACUUAUCAACAGAGAAAAGUAUUUCUUUCAUUAUGAAGAUAAAAACGAUGAGCAUUUAUUAGACAAUUUAUUUUACUUGGUGACUUUUGAUCUUAGGCAAUUCUACCAUUCUUCUAGAAUAUUUUAAUUACCAGGUAAAAGGAAUUUCAGUUUUUAAAUCUUGUAUUUAUUUUUCUUUGUGAUGUAACUAAUGUCUAGACUUGACCACUAUUAGCUCUUCAUCCAUUGGCACUCCCAUCUUCGGACAUUUGAACCAGGGCCUCACUGGCACCUACUAGGGCAUGUAAUUAAAAAACUUGUCCUUGAGCAUAGAAGACAGAAAUAGAUCCUUUUCUUUUAGCAUAAGUCUUCUGCCUUCUUACCUGACUUUGCUCCUGGUUGAUGUCCUACAAUACAAAUAAUUGACAUGCCCAUUUGUGUUUAUAAAUACUAGUGAGGUGACUUUACUUACGAGCAAGGUCUCUUCUUUGCAAUAAUUUGUAACUCUUUGGAUCCUGCCUCCUUGUGGCAGAGGCCUUUCAGAGAGAGAGACCCACAGACCCACUACAGGUGUUCUGGGCACUUGAAGGGAGCAGGCAAGGACCCUCUGCCAUUGCUGCUUUCACUCUGGGGGUGUGUGCCCACAGGGAGCUCCUAAGCCCAAGGUGGCCUCAUGCUUCAUCUGGCUGUUUUUCUCCUCUACCUUCCAAAAGUGGAAAAAUAAAAGAGUAUAUCAUAGGAAGUCUGAUGUAAAGCCCAUUAACGGCACCCUAGGUUUUCCAGUGUCUAACAAAGGCUAGUGGGGGCUUCAGGGAACCCAGGAAAUGGCAGCAUCUGAGCUGUGUGGCAUGAGUCAUCCCAUUCUUCCUACCACGCGCUGUUGUUUAGUCAAUGAUUUCCAGAGCAAUACCUGCGGUAGAACACUGUGUCUGUGCACAGGGGAAUGAAGUCAGAUUGCCCGGCAAGACCUCACCCAUGGUUUGUCAGUUUACUCGCAGUGUUUUCCCAGUUUAUAACGCUUGCCCUUUGCCUCUUUGCAAAUGCCUUGGUAUCUCUUGCAUAUCUCGAGAGCACAAGGACUAGUUUUCAUGUUUCAUUUGGUGAACAACAUUUACCAAGUGUCUGACCUGCUGCAGGCGGCCCUCUUUGGGGCGGGGGAUGUGGGGCCGCCAAGCUGGAUAAGACACAUCCUGCAUGCGCAUGCGUCAGAGUCUGCCUGGCCUUUUUUUUCUGUUUGCUGUCCCUUGGUUUCACUCCACUGGAUGUGUCUCACUCAGCAUGUGGUUUUUGAUCUUCGGAUAGCAUCUGGCCUCUGUGUUCUUCAUCAGCUUUUCUUAUUUCUGCUCCACUUUCCAUUUGUAGAUCAGGCUUUUUAAAGACCAUGGAUCUCAUGUACAUGAACACCUCUUAUAACAGUCUUUUCACUUGGCCAUGAUUCUCAAUGGAAACCAAAGAUCCAGAGGCCAGAACGACACAAGACCAUCUACAAAUUCACUACUGGUGUGCCCUUGGGCCUUCACAUUUUACUUUAGGGUUAAUUUAUUGAUUUUACUGUUAGACUUUGUGGGGUUGUUGUUGGUUUUUUGUUUUGUUUUGUUUUGUUUUUUACUUGAAUUAAAAUACUAGACCAAGCAGAAAUGUACACUUUCUGGUCUGGGGUUUCCAGGAAAAUCAUUGGGAGGAGAGUAAGGAUAGAUGAUAUGACUUGAAGGUUUUGCAGUUUUCAGUUUCCCCCAGUAUUGGGCCGAGCCCCCCUAUAAAGCUGUUUGUGCGUACCAGUUCCUGUGUCAACAGUGUGUUUUCUCCAGGUCCACGCAGCGGGACAGACUCCCUUUGGCCCCCAUAGUCCUCCUUUUCUCCAGAGAACCAUGUCCGUGGUCGGCUGCGGCAGACGGGGGUGCUGCGUCUUUGGUUUUUGCUUUCACAUCAGGCUCCGUUUCUCCCUCACCUCUUCCUGGCCCGACUACUGAGUUUGAUGACCAGAACACAGAGAUUUAGAAAUUCAGUUCUCAAAGCAGGGAGGAAGGGAGGUUUUAGAGACAGCCUGCCAGCUCUUUCCCAUCCUGGGUUGGGACUUUCCUGACCAGCAGAGACGCUCAGCUUCACCACUUCCAUUGCUAGAUCCAGAAGAAUGGGCCUAUGGUUUCUGGAAGUGUAUGCAUGAUAAAAUUAUGUGGUAACCAAUCCUGUGAUGUGUGAAAUUUUCUUCUGAAGGGAUUUCAGGUUUUCAUGGUCACAGUUUUGCAUCUGGUAUAGUGUACGUGAUGCUUUUCCCCCAGUGUUGUCAUAGGCCAGUGUCCUUCAGGGUUUGCUGGGAGGGUGGACCUGGGCCGUAGGUGGGAUCAUGCCACAGAUUUGGUUCCAUCUCCGCUCCAGCUGGAACCACAGAGCAGUAACCUAACAACUGUGUCACACAAGGGCCUGGCUUGUCACUACUGCUUUCACAUCGUCAUCUCCUCACUUGCGAGGGAAGAGGCCAGACUGAGAAAAUGUCAUACUCUCAUAAUCAAGCAUUUCACAAGUUCUUCUUUUAUUGCCACAAUUGUGAAUACAAACCGUCUGAUUUGCUAAAGUUAGUCAGUUGUCCUUACUUUAAGCAGGCUAGCAGCCUAGGUAAGUUCAAAAUGAAUUUGUUGCCUGCUUUUUGUACUAUUUCACAAGGUUUUUGAGAGGAAAAAGAAAAAACCAAAACCAAGGACGCAGUUUUGUCUUUGAGCUUUCCUUUUGUUUGUUUGCUUUUCCAGGCAAAGAGCCUGUAAGCCCUGUUUUCCAGUGCGUGUGAUGUGACUUCCAUGUAUAUAAAAUGACGUGCCCUACCCACCUCCUCAGAUUGUGCACUGUUUGUUUAAAAUGACCCUGUAUUUUAGUCCAUUGCCAUUGUAUUGUUUUCAUUUUAUUUAAAACACUAUGUAUUUCUCAUUCUUUUAACAACUUUUAAAGGGUAGUGAUCUUAAAAAGGAAAAAAAAAAUCACUGGAUGACUAGGAAAUAUUUUUGUUGUUUUAUUUUUUAAAGAGUACAAAGGUCCCCAAAGCCUUGUGCUCCUCUGACAGGGAGACAUGCCAGCCCUGGUGUGGCAGCAGGCCUCGAGGUGGCGGGAACAAGGGCUCGGGACGGGGCGCAGUGAGGACAAAGCGUUGCCCAGAAGUAACGUCAUGAAAUGCGCAGCUUGGGUUUUUAAAAAGGAAAAAAAACCCAACCAGUUCUUUACAUUCAUUAUUUGGAUUUCUGUUUCCAUUUAGUAUUUAAUGGUCUUUGGAGAAAAAAAAUAAUAAAACAGAGUGUUAUAUAUAUAUUUUUUGGUGCAAGAUAAGAAUUUCUGUUUUUUGAAAUAAGUCUGUAGCAUAAAGGUUAAACUAUUUUAAGACAAAAUAAAAUAGAGUGUAUUUAAACAAUGACACUUUCUGAGGA